CAGUCGCAGUGUGUGGAGUGCGGGAAAAGGAACUGUGUGUGACUCGCUGCGCGUGCCAAACGCAACUCAAGAAAGAAAAGCAAACAAGAAGAAGAAAUCCGUUUCUAGAAACGAAUUUGAAGAAAAUACACGGGAAAAUAGGCAGGAGUGCUGUGAAGAAAAGGCAAAAAAAAAACUGGGGAUUUUAUUCGCGACUCUCUCUCCGUUUCGAUUUUGUUGGUCAUUUUCCUUCAGUUUUGCGCUAGUUUUAGUUUUCAUCAAUUCGGUGGAAAAAUAUCCUACAUAGUUUCCCUGGUUGGGGUUAAAUUUUCCUUCCUACCGUUCCGUGUUUUGAGUUAAGUUCUUCGGUUGGAUCGGUUUUUAAGUAGAGUUAAGAGUUCCCGUUUCGCAACCGUGUGCACCAUUUUCGGUGGCAAAAACAGUGGAAAAGUUGAGAAAUUUGUGCAAAAUAGAUGUAAAAUAAAAAUCGCGAGUGUGAUCGAAAAGAAGAUAUUUUUUUUUCCAUAUAUACAAAUCGUGUCCGCGUGUGCGAGAGUGUUUGUGUAUGAUUAUUGCCUAUAUAAUAUUUGCCUAUUAUUACCGUCAGCGCACCAUUACCACCAGCACCACCACCACCACCAACGAGCGGAAAAGAGUAGUGUUGCACUCAGAGAGCAAAAUAUAAAAAUAUUUCAUUGAAUUUUUACGUGGCAAAAAAGGCGAAACACACCGACGACUGACCGUCGACGAUAGAUCGCAAACCAGUAGCAGAAGCAGCAGCAGCAGCAGUGCCAUCUAUCUGAUUACCGUCGUCCGAAGACGUCCCAGUAGCCGUUGAUUUGAUAAUUGACUUCUGCUCGAACCGAUCGCAGCAAACAAAGGGAACAGAAAUCACAACAAGAACAAAUCCCUAAACCCCUAAUCCAAGGAACCUGCUGCACGAGUGUCUAGGGUAGGGUAAUACUUGUUGUUGUCACCCCACACGCAACAACUAUAACAAAACGUCAGACGACGAAGGCACCUUUUUGCUGCUCAUACCCCCCCUCAUACGUUUCGUUCGUUCGCUCUGUGCUCCUCCUCCUCCUCUGCCUCCCAGUUGCUACUCAGUUCUAUCAGCUCUCUCUCCUGCUGCUCUGACUGAUUCGACGGCAGAGGCGGCGACGACCACGACGACGACGACGACGACGACUACGACGAGUGUGUGUUGUCUCUCUCAAGAUGGCCGCCCUGUGCGCUGGGAGCUAUGGAUUGUCCCAGCAGCAUCAGCCUCAGAAUACCAACGACAACAAGGAACGGAUCUUCGUCAAGCUGACCGACUCGGCCCUCCGGGCGAUCGAGGAGUUCCAGCGAAAUCAGCUCAAACUCGGCAGCACGCUCAAUCCCUCCAUCCAGUUUGUCAACGGUGGUGAGGGCUAUCUGUCCUUUCCCUCCAGCGGCAACAAUGUGCAAAAGUUCAGCUUUUCGAUCUCGGACAUCGACGGUGGCGGCUCGAUCGAGUGCAUCCAGCAGAACCAGGGCCAACAGCUGCAGAACAUGGGCCACAUCCAGCACAAGAUGAGGAUACACGCCAACGAUGACGUGUACGAGCGGACGAGACACCGAAUGGCCGCCGUCGAGGAGACUCAAAAGAACAAAUGUACAAGAGAAAUCAAGCCCAAUCAAACCGACAUAGGACGUAAGGUGAAAUUAAAAAAUACAACCACUCGUAUCAGCAACAUUCCUAGUAGUAAUUCGGUCUUAAGUAAACGUGAUUCGCUGCAUAGUUCUAGUAACAACUACAGCAGCAAUAAUAAUAACAACAACAACAACAACAACAGCAACCAUAACAACAACCACAACGGUAGCAGUAAUGCCGUCGUCAAUAGUAGUAGUAGUCUAUUAAAUCCCGCGCUCGCAAGCAACAACCAGCACCACCAGCAGCAGCAGCAACAGCAGCACCAGAACCACAAUGGCGGCUUGCUGUCGUCGUCGGCGGUGGCGGCGGCGACGGCGAACAACAAUGGCAACAACUACAACAACCAGCACCUUUCGACAUCACCAAAACUACCGAAAAGCAAUGGUCUGCACAACAAUCACCACUACAGCAACGGCAGUAGUAACAACAACCAAUCGGCGCAACCUAAACCCGGCUAUCAACAUACGGUGCACGAUCCUCCGCACCAGCAGCAGCAGCAGCAGCAAAAGUCUGAAACCAACGGCGUCGUGUCGAGCCGGACGGCGAACGGGCGGGCGUCCAAGGAUACCGGCAAUCCCAACCUUAUGAAGCGAAAUAUCAAGGAAAGGUUGAUCCAUCUUCUAGCACUUAGGCCAUAUAAAAAACCAGAAAUCUUCGCCAGAAUACAGCAAGACGGUGUCCGUCGGGAGGAGCGAAAAUGUAUCACUCAAAUACUGACAAACAUAUCCAGUAUGCGGGAUAACGUCUACUACUUGCACCGGCACAUCUGGAACGAUGUACAGGAAGACUGGCCGUUCUAUAGCGAACAGGAGCGGCAGAUACUCAAAAGGAGGAAACCUCAAAACCUAACACCUCCUCUCAGCUCGGACGGUGGUUCGUCGACGUCGGGACAGAGUCCGUCCAGUACGCACAACGGCAGCAGUCCACCGUCCGGUGGCAAAAGGUCAUCGAUCGCCAACAACGAGGAGCCCGGCGUCGGCAGUGCGCCAACGUCCAAGAAGCCUCGGAUUAGUCACUACAAGAAGGAAGCCCUUCCGGAUACCAAUCGGCGGGGUGUUACCGAUUCUAGGGACUCCAGUAAUAUGAAUCCUCGCUCAAGGCAGCCCGAUGAUAGUACGCGUUCCUCGAAUCCGAACCAGAACCACAACAAUCAUCAGAACAACCACAACUACCACCACCACCACCACAACAACCAUCACGGAUCAAGCGUAACGCCAAAUGCGCAGGAAUCGGAGGACAGCGGCGUCAGUUUGAGCUACUCGCUCGUGUCGAACGACGUGGCCCGGCGGAUCCAGCAUCCCGCCAAGGAUGAAAAGGAUCGGGACGAUGUGAUAUCGGAGCGGGACAACUACGACGACCAGAUCAACGCGUACCGGGCCAAUACGAACAAGGUCAAAUCUCUGAAGGAUGACUUUAGUGAUCAAUUUACUAGGAUAACCUCGGUGGAACAACGGCGUAAAUAUAAGACUGAAUUUGACAACGAUUUUCAAGAGUACCGGCGGCUGCACGAAAUCGUUGAACGAGUAUCGAGAAAGUUUGCUCAGCUGGAGGAGAACUUGCAACACGAGCGACACAACGAGAGGCGGUAUAAGGAGAUUCAGCGACAAAUCAUCAAGGAGUACGAUGAGAGUAUAAAGGAUAACAAAUUUCAGGAGACUAAGCAGAGGUUCAACUACCUUCACAACAAGCUAUCUCAUAUCAAGCAUCUCGUGCACGACUACGACGUAGCCAUCACCAACGGACACUGUCGGCCGCAGGAGAAUUACUGACGAUUAUUGAAGCCUGUAAAACAGCACUCGUCGCAAUUCGUAUGUUGACGACACUAAACCAUUACACAUACACAAUACACACGCAUACAGCAGAUAGGAGAACCUUAAGUGCAGAAAUGAAGCAACCCUCAAACGCGUUUUCUCGCUCUCCAAGAGAUAUAUGCUGGAACGGAAAACCAAUAGCAGUAGCAGCAACCGCAAACAGCAGCAGCAGCAGCAGCAAUGGCCGCAGCAAGCAAUCCUUUGUUACCUUUUUAAUUAAUGGAAAAUAAUUUGUUUAGAAGUUAGAACCAGCCAAGGAGAACCUAAAAAAAAAAAAGUUGAACUAAUUUCACGGGAGGAGCGAUCAGCCGGAACCGGACGCUGCCCACUAAGGUGGAACAGAGAGCCAUGUAUCCGCGGGAUGCGCCUCCCAGCCUCUUCCUGCCGCAGCAGCAGAAGCAGGAACCUCAUCUCAAGUAAGCAACUUCUCGCGACGAUGGUGCUCUCGUUCGUUGUCACAUAUAUGCCUUGACCCGCCCCGCUCCCACACGCAACCACUCCUCCAGAAGCAGAGCGCGCAACCCAGAAUCCACAAAACCACCACCACCACCACCAUCCCAGUAGCAUCUCGUAAUAGUAGUAGUAGUCAUCGUCGCCGUCGUACUCGCGGUUUCUCGCCAACUCACCUCUAAAAUACACACACACACACACAAACACACAUGGUGGAAAAAUGAUGUCUCGCUCCUCCACGGAAACCCAAACACCCAGACACAUACACAAGCGCCUAAGCCAGCGUAGGAAGCAGGAUCCGUGCCGCCACAAUUAGCUAUUGUUUCUACGGUAUGGACAGGAUAUUGCCGACAAAGCCAACAAUCAAAAGAGUAAGAACUUUUACCCCAAA